AAACAGCAUCCCACCAACUACAACUGUUGAAAAUUUUCAAGAAAAGCUUUAUGCAGCUACUGGAAAAUGUUUUGUAGACACAGCAUUCUGGGGAGGGGUCAUCCCUGGCAACCAGAAUAUAGCGAACGCUAUGGAGACCACAUCCUGCCAUAGGGAGGUUAUAUGUGUAUUACCAAAUGGUCUCACAAGUGGGGAGAUCUCAUGGGAAUAGUAGUGCUGACCCAACCAGGGGUGCACAAAAGCGGUCGGAUCCACCAAGGGGAUGUCACAGCUUCACCAACAGGGGAACCAAGAGUGAGGAAAUGUCAGACGGGAUGAACCAAGUGGGGAGUCGCUACGCGUGGAGCACUAGCUCAGAUAUAGGUUUUCACCUCGUGAGAGAAAAAGUGCUCAGUGAUGGAUGGGAUGCUUGUACUUCGCUCGGUGGGGGAAGUAGGGAUGCUGAUAUAGCUCACUGAUUGUCUGAUGAAGGAGAGAAGGUGCUUCAAAGGGUAUACACCCAUCCUGCCCCCGGUCUUUCCAUGUUGGUAGUGCGAGGGCAGACACCGGCAGACACCGGCUCUACACAAAGGUUGUAGAAUCUUGCUAAAGUGUUGGUUAUAGCCGAACUCGCACCUCUGCAAAUGUCUGCCAGAGCGGCCCCCUGAGCCAGUGCCCAGGAGGAGGCUACAUCUCGGAUGGAGUGAGCUCUCACUGCCAUUGGCAACAAGUGUGUGAUAUGCCGCGACAUACACCUUGAGGGUGGAAGGAUUUCCUUGUCCCGUCCAGGAGCCAGACGUGGAGGUCCAGAGAUUUGGUCUUGGGUGCUAAACCAUGAGCUUCCCCUGAGAAAAUAGGUCCUUUAUUAGGGGAAUCGGCCAGGGAGGAGUCGUCGUCAUUAGCGUCAGAUCUGAGAAGUUUUGUUGGACCAGUAGGGCGAAACUAAUUUGUUUCUCCUCUUCCCUGACCUUGCACAGGACCUGUGCAAGGAGGCUCACUGGGGGGGAAGGCGUACUUCCACUUGUCCUGUCGUCAGCUGUGCACAUCGGAUGGGGGCCUCGGUCAAGGAGCACCAAAGCAGGGAAUGGACGGUGUCCAGGGAGGCGAACAGGUCCACCUGUGCUUGCCUGAACUGCUCCCAAAUGAGCUGGGGCAAGCCGACCUGUGGUAUGUCAACAUAUCCCUUAGCUGCCCCGGUGUCGAGGUAAGUUAGGGCGGAGGUGCUCGUUUAACGUGAAGGGGGCGUUCCUGGUCUUGUUGAGCUCCUGAUGGACCUUCACAAAAAAGGGCAUGGGGGCGAAAAGAGGCUUGGUAACGCGCUCCGUAUCCAGGUACCAGGAGUACAGCCGCUCGCGGCAGCCAGGGAUCCAGCCUGGUCCUGGGCUUGACCAGCCGAAGCCUCGUCAUGCUCUUGCAUGGGUGCACUAUGGGUCAUUCGACUGCCGCCCUUCGGAGAUGGGUUUGGUGUGCGUAUCGGGACACGUAUGGUCUGAAGGUUCUUCACUACAGAGAAUCACAUCACACCAGAGAAUCUCAGAAAUGUAGUCAUUUGGCAGACGCUUUUAUUCAAAGCGACUUACAGUGCACUUAUUACAGGGACAAUUGAUGUGGAAAAUGUUGAUCUUCAAGCUCAAAAAAAUUGCUCAGACAAGGAAGGUCCAGGUGUCAAAGUUUCAACUUUAUUUGUACAAGUCAAACAAAGUGAGAUGUUCCAAGUCCCCAAAACAUCUGAAAACUUGGUGUUUUCCAGCCUCUAGUUAUAGUGAAACUUUUCAAAGGUGUUGCCUCUCAAAACCAAUCAGAUGGAGCUGAAGCCUAUGCUCCAGGCUGGCGUGGCUGGGUUUAAGUGCUUCCUGAUUCACAGUGGAGUAGAAGAAUUUCCUCAUGUAAGUGAUGCAGAUCUGCAUGCAACUAUGAAGCAGCUCCAGGGCACAGACAGCGUUCUCCUGUUUCAUGCAGAGCGAGAAGUCCAACAUCUAGUCCCCGAGAAAGGAGGUCUGAUCCUGUUCGAUCCAUGUAAAUACUCCACAUUUCUGAGGUCCAGACCUGACAUUAUGGAACUUGAGGCCAUCCACACAGUCACUCAACUCUGCCUUCAGUAUCAAGUACGAUGCCACAUUGUGCAUCUGUCAUCAGCACAACCUCUGGAGCUCAUUAGGGCAGCUAGACAGGCAGGAGCUCCCCUAACUGUAGAGACCACACAUCACUACCUCAAUCUGUCUGCUGAGAACAUCCCAGUAGGGGCCACACAUUUCAAGUGCUGCCCCCCCAUACGCAAUGCAGGCAACCAGGAGCUCUUGUGGUCCGCAUUAAAAUCUGGUGACAUAGACAUGGUUGUGUCCGAUCACUCACCCUGCACGCCUGACCUAAAGUGUUUGGACAGUGGGGAUUUCACAAAGGCAUGGGGAGGCAUCUCUUCUCUGCAAUUUGGUUUAUCUUUGUUCUGGACAUCAGCUGCUAAAAGAGGUUUUUCACUUAAUGACGCAGUAAGACUCUUGUGCAAAGAGCCUGCCAAGCUCUGUCUACUUGACAACAAAAAAGGGAGCCUCAUUCCGGGGCAUGAUGCAGACUUCGUAAUUUGGGAUCCAGAAAAAGAGUUUACAGUUACAGAAGAACACAUUUAUCACAAAAACCAACUGACUCCAUACAUUGGUCUUUCUCUUCUUGGGGAGAUAAUGAAUCAUAUCAAGAGUGGCAUUCAGUAUGCAUUUCAGACUCGAAACAGAGUAACUCUGGCUGUGAGUGGACCAGGUCAUGCUGCUAUGGAGUGUGCCAUCUUUAACUCACUUGAGCCUGGAGACAGUGUGCUCAUUGCGGUCAAUGGCAUAUGGGGGGAAAGGGCUGCGGAAAUAGCUGAGAGGAUAGGUGCCAAGGUGAACACAAUUGUCACCUCUGCUGGUGGCUACUUUAAAAAUGAGGAAAUUGAGAAGGCGAUAGACAAAUAUAGACCUAUGGUGUUUUUUCUCACCCAUGGGGAAUCAUCCACGGGAGUGGUCCACCCAAUAGAUGGCAUAGGUGACAUUUGCCACAAGAACAACUGUUUGUUUCUGGUUGACUCUGUAGCUUCAUUGGGAGGUGCUCCAAUCUACAUGGAUAAACAAGGUAUUGACAUUAUGUAUACCGGCUCUCAGAAGGUCCUUAAUGCCCCCCCAGGAACAGCGCCAAUAUCUUUUAGUGAGAGAGCCUGCAAGAAAUUAUCUAACAGGAAAACAAAGCCCAUUUCGUUCUUUUUGGACAUGAACUGGCUGGCAAAUUAUUGGGGUUGUGAUGACAAGACUGUACGUGCCUAUCAUCACACUGGGCCUGUCUCUGCUUUUUAUAGUCUACGGGAAAGUCUGGCAAUUCUUGCAGAAACUGGUCUUGAUAACUUAUGGAAACAACACAAAGAAGUUGCAGAAUACUUCCACAAAGGGCUAAAGGAGAUGGGCCUGAAACUGUUUGUGCAGGACAAGAAACUAAGACUUCCUACAGUGACCACAAUAGUAGCUCCACCAGGAUAUGACUGGCGUGAAAUCACAGGGUACAUUAUGAAGACCUAUAACAUUGAAAUCUCUGGGGGUCUGGGGCCAUCAGCUGGCGUGGUUUUGCGUGUGGGACUGAUGGGAUGUAACAGCAGCAAGACCAAUGUGGACAAGGUGUUAGAGGCUUUGGCCGAUGCCCUUAAACACUGCCACAAGAGCAGAGUAUGACAAUGACUGGACAUCAAAUUUCUAAACCAUUUUCUCAACCUCAGUGCUGUUUCACAUGAAUGUUGACGAAUUAUGUAAAAAGGAAAGUCGUAUGAUCAACUUUCCUAGGACACAGUAUCAAUGUGAGAGAUAAAAAGAAGUCAAACCUAUUUCCUCUUCACCGUAACCAUGGAUGUAACCACAAAUACAAUUAAAAUUAUAUGAACGGAAGCUCCUUAACAUAUGAACAUUAUUUGAAGUGAUGAAAUUAGAGUUCAGUUGUCCAAUUGUAACUAGCCAAGACAGGUUUUGAAAUAAUUUUGUACAGAUAACAAAACUGACAAAUCACAUUUUGAUCGAAAAACUUUGGCUGGCACAACGCCCACUAUUCCAUUUUUGUUGUUUACCAGAACUUCACAUAGUAAAAUACACUUGAAUGUGUGCACACUUUGUGCACUGUAUGAUUUACUGUAACAAAUAGUUAUGCAGUGCAAGUUUAGUUCACCUUUUUAGUUUUAAAACACUGAUUCACGUUUAAUGAAACAAUCCCCGUUUAAUGAAACAAUCCUUUUUUGAUUCCCCAAAAAGGCUUUGAAUAUUUAAUGUUUCAGUUUUGUAACCCAAACUUAUAUUGUUUGUAAACCUCCAUUUAUUUAGCACUUGAUAAUUGUCACCACUCUUACUGGAUAUAAGACAAGCCACACCACAAAUACCCUGUAACAGUUUAUUGUAUGUCCUCAGGAAAUAAUGGAGAUAAUCCACAGGUAAACGUUUUAUGUACGGCCGGCGGGGAUUGUUUCAUUAAACGGCCCUAAACAGUUUUUCCAGCCAUUUUUAACAAUUGUGCUAAAAAACUACGGAUGCAAUACUAUUCAAGUCGCACUUCCACGUCUUACACGGCAAAGAGAUUUGAAGCCGCCAUUUUACUUCCGGGUCUGUGAGAAUUUAGGUUUUUCCUGUGUCCCACAUAUUAUGUGAAAUGUAUUUCAAUGAUCAUUGUUCACAAAUUAUGUCUAAUCUAACUUGAGUUUAAGUGCUGACCAAGCUACCAGAAUGUUCAGAACAUCGUGCUGCCUUUUGCAAAAAAUAUUAAUAGAGGUAUUUCUAAGAAUUUCUAAGAACAAGGAACUAACUCACUUGAAUAAUAUUAAUACAGUUCUGGUAUGUUUCCAUGACAUAUUUACUUCCGCUUUUAUGAAUAUAAUUAUUGGACCUAUAUUCAAUAAAUUUAGAAACUCAGGUUAAACUGCA